AUGGAUUUAUUAGGAAGCCAAAUCGCUGCCGCACUUGAGGAAGGUAGCAGGAAGAGAAAAAGAGACGUGGAGGAGGGCUGUUCAGCGCUCGUUAGCCACGUUAAUAGUACGUUGGACGUCAUUACGACGGAUGUCCGGAACACACUCACGGAGCAGCAUUGUGAAAUGGAGGAACGGGUCAAUAGAUUGAUGAAAAUGGCAGGUGAUUUUGCGACAGCAGUGGACACAUGGCAAAAGAAGGCAUCUGAUUCCGUCUGUGCGGUGGAGAGCCAGCAACAACUGCUGUGGGAAUUACUACAAGACGUGGAGAAACGCGCCCAAGAGAGGAAGAAGGAGAUGUUAAAGCGGCAGGAGCAAAGAAUGGAAGAGUUACGCACAAUGUUGCUGGAGAGAAUACAAAAAGCAGAGGCGAGUAUGCAGCUGUAG